CCUCCUCCGGCCCCUCGCCUCCCGCCGCCUGCCUCCGCGGCCGCCGCCUGCGGCUUUGUUUUCCUCCCAGGUUUCAUUCCCCACACGUGAUACUGUGUUAUUGCAAAGAGCUCUUCGGAGCGCGAGCGCAGGGCGCGCGCACCUAUAAAUACGGGCUGCCGGGCCGGACGGCCGGAGACCGCAGGGGCGGGCAGGGCCCGGGACCCGGCGAUCCGCGGCCGGUCGGCCAGCCAGCCAGCGAGGAAGCCGCGCGCGUGGGCCGGGGCAGCGGCGUCCCCGGCCGCAGCACCGAGGGGCGAGCAUGGCCCGCCCGCGGGGGGGCCGGGCCGCCGUGCACGCCGCCCGCGCCCCGCGCCCUGCCCAGCCCGGGUCACCCGCGCUCGCGCUCGCCGCUUAGCACUCCGGCGCCUCUCGCUUUUCCGGGCAGCGCGGAAAUAUCGCCGCAGACGGACACAAUGGCGGCGACUGCCGCCACCGCCGGCACGGCCGCCUGCAGCAGCAGGAGCAGCAACAGCAGCAGCAGCAGCAGCGCCGGCACCGACGCCGCGGGCACCAGCGGAUUGCAGCAGCCGCCGCCGCCGCAGCCCCAGCCCGCGGCCGCCGCGCCGGCCCAGCCGCGGCCGCCCGAGCCCCCCAGGAAGCCGCGUAUGGACCCGCGGCGCCGCCAGGCUGCCCUCUCCUUCCUCACCAACAUCUCGCUGGACGGCCGGCCGCCGUUGCAGGACGAGGGGUGGGGCGGCGGCGAGGAGAGCGGCGCGGCCAAGCCGGGCGCCGGCAGCGCCUGCGGCGCGAGGACUCGGCUCUGCCUGAUCGCCGCCGCCGAGCGGGGCGGCUGUAACGCGCUCGCCGCGGCGGGCACGGCGGCGGCGGUGGCAGCCGGAUGGGGCCCCUGCCUCCCGCAGCCCUCGCCGCUGCCACCCCUGGUCCCCGGCGGCCACGCUGCGGGGCCCGGCCCCGGGGCGACCCGGGGCUUCGUGAGCCCCUUGGGCGCGGGCCGGGCGUCGGGGGAGCAGUUACAGCCGCCCCGGCCGGCCCCUCUCGCCUACUGCGCUCCGCCGCAGCCGCCCGACGGGCCCCGGGACGCCGGGCAGGAGGAGUUGGAGGAGGACGAUGCCUUUUUCAGCGUGCAGGUGCCGGCGGCCGCCUUUUUAGGCUCCGGGACCCCCGGGAGUGGGAGCGGCAGUCGGGGUCGCCUCAACUCGUUCACUCAGGGAAUCCUGCCCAUCGCCUUCUCCAGGCAGACUUCGCAGAACUACUGCUCCCUGGAACAGCCGGGCCAGGGGGCCAGCACCAGCGCCUUGGAACAGUUGCAGAGGUCCCGACGUCGCCUCAUCUCCCAGAGAUCAUCCUUGGAGACCCUGGAAGAUAUUGAGGAGAAUGCCCCUCUGCGGAGAUGUCGAACUCUCUCAGGUUCGCCCAGACCAAAGAACUUUAAGAAGAUUCAUUUUAUCAAGAACAUGCGGCAGCAUGAUACCAGGAAUGGCAGAAUAGUCCUUAUCAGUGGCAGAAGAUCCUUCUGUAGUAUAUUUUCAGUGCUGCCCUAUCGUGACAGUGCCCAAGUUGGGGAUUUGAAGUUGGAUGGAGGGAAGCAGUCCACAGGUGCCGUGAGCUUGAAAGAGAUCAUUGGACUUGAAGGUGUGGAGCUGGGAGCUGACGGGAAGACUGUUUCCUACACGCAGUUUCUGUUACCCACAAAUGCCUUUGGAGUCCGGAGAAAUACCAUAGACUCCGCCUCCUCCUUCUCCCAGUUCCGUAACCUGAGCCACCGCAGUCUCUCCAUAGGACGCGCAAGCAGCACCCAGGGGAGCCUGGACACAGGUAGCGACCUGGGAGACUUCAUGGACUAUGACCCAAAUCUCUUGGAUGACCCCCAGUGGCCUUGUGGCAAGCACAAGCGAGUUCUGAUCUUUCCUUCGUACAUGACCACAGUAAUCGACUAUGUGAAGCCCUCAGAUCUCAAGAAGGACAUGAAUGAGACCUUCAAGGAGAAGUUUCCUCACAUUAAGUUGACACUCAGCAAAAUAAGGAGUCUGAAGCGAGAGAUGCGGAAGCUUGCCCAGGAUGACUGUGGCUUCGAGGAGCCCACAGUGGCCAUGGCCUUUGUCUAUUUUGAGAAGCUCGCCCUCAAGGGAAAGCUGAACAAACAGAACCGGAAGCUUUGUGCUGGAGCGUGUGUACUGUUAGCAGCCAAAAUCGGAAGUGACCUCAAAAAACACGAAGUCAAGCAUUUAAUUGACAAACUGGAAGAGAAGUUCCGGCUGAAUAGACGAGAACUGAUUGCCUUUGAAUUCCCAGUGUUAGUGGCCUUGGAGUUUGCUCUCCACCUGCCGGAGCACGAAGUCAUGCCCCAUUACAGACGCCUGAUCCAGAGCUCCUAGCACAGGCCCCAAGGAGGAGUAGAGACCACUUCCUCUGAGCCCAUGGAACAGCACUUACUACUGGAAAUGCAAAAACAGAACUCGACAUACCAACCUUUUUUCUUCUCAACAUGUUUUUGGGUAGAAGCAGUACUGGAAACUUUUCAGGGAAUCCUGGUCUGGCUAGCCGGGAUGAGCCGGGAGUGGUUUAUUACACAGCAGGGGAAGGGAGACCUGUGCAGAAGGUGGCAGAAGGCCUUUUGGCUUUCCCCUGGUAAGAGUUCCCCACUGUCCCCACCCUGGGGUUCUUCCCUGGGCCCAUCCAAACCUCGAAAGCAUGGUUCAGGGCCUCCCCUGCAGACCUGAUCCAAAGUUCUAGAACAGAGUGGGGAAGAGAAUUUGUAGCAGCUGGGGGAGAGCUUUUAAAAGAUACCCUCACUGUAUCAAAAGAGUGUGCCAAUCUGUUUUUGUGUCAACUCUUGGAAG